AUUGGUGGUCCUCUUUCUAAAUACAUUAAAAGGAAUAUUUUUGGUAGCAUAUGAUUUGAUUGCAUCUCCUAUUAUACGAAUUUAUCUACAUCCAUGAUUGAAUAUUUUAAUAAAUAUUUUUGAAUAGAAUAUUGCUUACCUAGUUUGAACCGAUUGCUUCUUGCUAUAAUGGGAAGAGAUAUUCUUUGCUUUCCAUAUUGCCUUGAGACCGUGCAUGCAUUCGAUAUUCUCUCAAUUGACAUAUUCUUAUGUGCUACUAGAAUAUCUUGUGUCUAUCAAUAUAAUUGACAUAUGCCUUUAGCUCAAACUAUGAGACAUAUUAUUCAAGGAAGGUAAUUCAAAAUAUCAAGGAAAGUCCAAAUAUUCAACCAAGGAAAGGAGAGGCUACGAAUGCUAUAUAUAUAUUGGACUGAAGACCAGACAAAAGGGGUGCUUAACCAGAGAAAUAUCAAGAGACAGGCUCGAGAAAAAUACGAAGUUCAAGGCAUCUGAAACUGCUCACUCGGAGUUCUAGAUAUAGUUUCUUCUUUCCCUUCUUCAUAUUGUAAUAGGGUUUUGAGGAUUGGCUAAGAGUAGCCUCCUCGGGUUGGUUUGUGUUGUGAGAGCUUUGUUGUAAAGCUGAGAGGCUCUCUACCCGCAAGGUAGAGAAGCGUAACUCUUCCUAGAGAGGAUAGAGUUGGGGUGGCUCAAGGGUAGACUAGGAGAGUUUCCCUUGUAAUCAUUCAAAGGCUUUUUAGUGAAGUUGUUAAAAUUCCUCCAAGGGAGGUCGAGGUUUUUUAAUCCCUUUGAGCCAAGGGAUUUUUCCUCGUUAAAUUCUUGUGCACUUUACUAUUUCGCAAUUCCCUUUAUCCCACACUAGAACUCGGCGAAAAACUGCCACGGUUCCACACACACACAAUUCACCCCCCCUCCUUUUGUGUUGCUAACCGUUUUCAUCAAUUGGUAUCAGAGCCGGUCUUCACCACAUAAAGGCUAAUACCUUGGGAAGAGAUCCGGCAAAAUGAAUACGGUUGACCGAUUGGAAGAAGGGUACUCGACUCAACGACCACCAUUGUUCAAUGGCAAAUACUAUCAAUUUUGGAAGAGUCGGAUGGAAAACUUUAUCAAGGCCGAUAACUACCAGGUUUGGAAUGUAAUUGAAAGUGGUGAUAAUGCCAUCACAAAGAGAAACGCCGAAGGUAAUGUUGUUCCUAAACCUAAAGUUGAAUAUACUUCUGAAGAUUAUGAGAAACUCGAGCAUAAUGCCCAAGCCCUUAAAUAUUUAAUUUGUGGUCUUGGUCCUGCCGAACACAAUCGGGUUCUAGGAUGCAAGACUGCAAAACAAAUGUGGGAUUUGCUCGAGGUCACUCAUGAGGGAACCUCACGUGUAAAAAAAUCUAAGAUUGACAUAUUCAUGCGUAAUUACGAAUUAUUCGUAAUGAAGCCAAAAGAGUCAAUUAAGGAUAUGAUUACACGCUUUACUAACAUUAUCAAUGAGCUUUCAGCCCUUGGAAGAGAAAUUACAGUGGAAGAUCAAGUGAGAAAGAUUUUGAGAAGCCUGCCCCAAGUGUGGAAGCCUAAGACCACGGCUAUUGAAGAAGCAAAGGAUCUAUCCACCAUGACACUUGAAGACUUGACUGGAUCACUCUUGACAUAUGAACUGGGUCUUCAAGAAGAACAAGAUGCCGAGAAUGAUAGACGAGAAAGAGGAAUAGCUCUAAAGGAUCGAGAAGAAGAAGAAGAAUCCGAAAGUGAAUCGGAUGAGGAGAUGAGCAUGUUUGCGAAACAAUUUGGGAGGAUGUAUCGAAAGUUCAAGAACAACCGUACCAAACAAGGUAAAAGGAAUACUCAAUCCUUUAAUAACCAAGGUUGUUUUGUUUGUGGUUCCUUUGAGCACAGGGCUAAAGACUGUUCACAAAAGAAAAAUGACCGGAACUGCGACAAGAACAAGUCCAGUUCCAACCGGAGGUUCAGCGAAGACAAAGGGUUCAAGAGAGAUCUCAAAAAGGCCAUGAUGGCAGCAUGGGGAGAUUCUUCUGAUGAUGAAGAAGAGGAAAAUGAUAAGAACAUCAACCAUGCGGGUCUAUGUCUUAUGGCUCAUUCUGACGAGGAAUCCGACCAAGAGAGCUUUGAGGUAAACUUUGAAAAUUUUCUAUCUAAGUUUGACUCUCUAUCCAAAACCAAAGCUCGGAAAAUUUUCAAAAGAUUGACUAUUGUGCUUAAUCAAAACCUUUCUGAAAAUGAUCAUCUUAAAUCACAAAUCACUGAGCUUGAGUCCAAAAUCAAAGUAUGAUAAGUAAACUGUGACACCGCACCCGGAUGUACUUGAAUUUGAAAUUUGAUACGUAUUUGAAUUUCUGGCGAAUAAAAUCGUGUAGCAGAUUGGGUAUAUUUAAUUAAUGCGAGAUUAAUUAAAUUAUUUAUCGGGCCCAUAAUAAUGAGAAUGGGCUACCAAAUAUUUAGUCGGGUCAUUGUAAUAAUAAUUGAAGCCCAAUAAAAUGCCAACCAAAGUUGAUAAAAAUAUUUGGACAACCCGAGUGCUAUUUUGGCCCAACCUACCGAAAAUAGCAGGAAUAAUUGGGGGAAACUUCCUACACCCAUUUGGGAAUUUCCUACACACUUUGGAGAGUCUAAAUAAGUCAAAUUUAGACAACACAUGAGGGUUGAUGCGGAUGGAUGAUGGAGGAAGUCUCCUAGAGACAAAGCCUACACACAUGACCCCAUACUCAAAUUAUUUUGAGUAUUGAUUGGGAAGAGAUGCCUCACCCUUUCCCAUUGCAAUCAUUCGGCCAUCAAGGGAGAAGAACCCAAGGAGAACCAAACCUCACAAAGCUCUUGGCUAGGGAGAAGCAAGGAGAUAGCAAACUCUAGGAAAAACUAGCAAGAACACAAGGUAAGAACUUAUCUAGUUCUUUAACUAGUUUUAUAGUGUAUGAUUUUUAAGAAAUCAUAUGGUGGAUUAAACAUGAUGUUCUACACAUUUAAAAGUGUAGAAUAAUGUUAUAAAGUGGUGAUAAUUAACUUAGAAGAGUGGGUGAAUCGAUAGGAGUCAAAAUCGCCGGAAACCGCCACUUUAAGGGAGCUGUUCGUAGCUGCAGACCACGAAAGCCGCCCACCUUUGGCAAAAGCCGCCCGGCUUUCGUCUGCUGGUCAGAUUUUCCACUUCCAAUCGGUUUAGAACGGGGAUUGAUCGAAAGGCUUAACAAAGGCAACUAUUUCAGCACUUCAUAAGUUUCAGGUAGGAGUUGAGCUCGCUACAAAUACUCGUUGCGUCGAGGGAGGAUCCAGGAGGGAAGACGUGGUUCGUGCUUCCUCCGUUUCUGUUUUUUAAAAACAAUUACAUUAAUGCUCAUGGAUAUUAUUUUUGAAUAAUCAUUCGGGGGCUCGUAUGCCCAUGUUUGCCGAGUGUGGCAUAAACACUUGUAUUAAAUGUUUCCGCUGCUUAAAUGAAUAUUUUACAUUAUGCUUGUUUAUGGAUGUACUAUGUGUGAAUGGUAUUCAAGACGCCUUGUAUAGUAUGGAUGAGUUGGACUGCGGUUGACUAUUCGUACUGUACGGCGGGUUGUUGACGUGUCCGGAUAGAUCCGGGGCGUGACAAUUUAAUUGGUAUCAGAGCCUUAGUCCGUAAACUUCAUAAUGAAGCUUCAAAAUUCCUUUUGAAAAUGAUUUUGCAAACCAUGAGCAUAAAGUUUUGUACUUGUAGAACUUUUGGUACUUGAGUUGCAAUGUCUCUAAUUGUUAAGAUGGUACCCUUAACAAUUGGCAUGGCGGCGACUUGAGCCAAAGGAUGUCUUAAGUACUUAUCCGUCAAUUGACAUUUCAUACGAGUCUAAAGACUCAUUCUCAAUUUCUUUCAGAAAUGGAACGUACCGGGAAAGUAACUAGAAGGAACCCGACUGGCCAGGCACCGAGGGGGUCCGUGCAAGGCAGUAGAGGGGCUUCUAGAGUGUCCAGGGGACAAGGCCGUGGAGGCCAAGCUCAGACCGUGAGUGACGGUCAUGUUGAAAUGGUAAAUGAGUCUUAUGAGUCCGAGGAGGAUUCAACGUAUCAACCGGGAACAGAGCCGGUUGAGACCCCAUAUGAUGGGGAAUAUGAUGAUGUGAGUGAACAGAGCGAUGAUAAUGACGCGCUUGAAAGAAUGGAGGGACUACUCCGACAGUAUCAACAAGAUCGUCAAAGGCGCCAGGCAAGGCGUGCUUUGGAAGGGGCUUCAAGAAGAGGAAGCCAUGUGGGAUCUAGAGGACAUGUAGAGUCCCGAGUAGAUCGGGGUGCUGAGGUCCCAAUAAUAAGGAUCUCGAAGUACCUCAAAGAAGCGAGAGAUUUGGGGUGUAAGCCGUUCGAUGGAACGGGAGAUAUCUCCGUUGCGGCAGAGUGGAUCAAGAGAUUCAACGAAGCGGCUCUUGACAUGGAGCUGCCGCCGAUCAUGAAGUUGAGAGUGGCAACGAGGUUGCUAGAGGGAAUGGCGUCCACGUGGUGGGACGGUGUUAAAGGGAAGUAUGGUGAGACAGUCACUUGGGAGAACUUCCGCCAAGAAUUCUUCAAUCAAUAUUACUCCGAUUUCGAGGUGAACUUGAAAAGGAGAGAAUACACCAACUUGACCCAAGGAGGCAAGUAUACUGUGAGGCAACUUGAGCACAAAUUCCGGGAGCUUGCCGAGUUCAUACCGGAAUAUGCAUGCGAUGAAAACCGAAUGGUGAACCACUUCUGGGAUGCCUUAGACCUUGACAUACGUGAGAGGGCAACACAAUUGCCUAAUAUGACGUUUAGUCAAGUUGUUGAGCAGGGCUUGAAGGGGGAGAAAGAAUGGGAAGAAAGAAAGCGAAGAAAUGCCGAGGAGGCAAAGAAAAGAAAAUGGGAGAACCAAGGCCCCCAAGGUUCCAAUAAGAAGGGGAACCACGGGGGAGGGAGAUCAUUUAAGACCCCUGCACCGCCAUCGAGAGGAAACCCGGGAAUGAGUGGACAACACUCGGGAUCACAAGCCUCAACAGCGCCCAAAUGCAAGAAUUGCAAGAGGAACCACGUGGGCAAGUGUCGUGAUCCCCCGAGGUGCUAUCAAUGUGGCGAUACGGAGCACAUGAGGUCGAGUUGCCCACAACUUGGGCGAGCCGUGAGUGCCGGGCCGAGUGGUGGGACCACGAUGAGCAGGAACCGGACAGCGGCACCUCAUGCAAACACGGGGCACGGUGGAGCUAGCACAAGCAAUGCACCGUCCGUUAAUCAAGGGAGGACCCAAGCGAGGGUCUAUGCGAUUACGGAAGCCGAUGCACGUGCUAACCCGGACUCCGUCGCGGGUAAAUUCUUGAACUUUUGAUGUUAUUCCUUUGUAAACAAUAUAAGUGUUGAAAUGUACACGUUGUAUAGCCAACCGGGGUUGUGCAAGUUCGAAGAAGUGGAUGAAUAUCCACCUGGGACGGAUGCCGCCCGACUUUGACGAAAGCCGCCCGGCUUUCGGACUUGUUUUUUUCCAAAAAUCUUUCGGCAGAGAAAAACCGGCCGAGUUUUGUAAAAACCGGCCGGCUUGUGUUCAGGCGUCUCCAGUGUGAGGCGUUGCUAAUGAAAACCGGCCGGCAUUCGUAAGAACCGGCCGGCUUUUAUAAAAAAAAAAAAUUGAAAUUCUACGGCGACGAACGUCGCCCGACGUUCAUGAAAACCGGCCGUCUUUCAUGGGAAUUAAAUCAAUUAAAUGUUCGGCGAUGAAAAACCGGCCGGCUUUGGCGCAAACCGGCCGGCUUACGUAACCGUUCCUUCCGAGCCGAAGGCCGAGGUGCGAAAACCGGCCGGCUUUCAUGAAAAGCGGCCGGCUUUCCCUUAUUGGUGCACGGUGUUGAUUUUUAGGUGGGAACCGGGAUGGAAUCGGGAUGGGGCGUUAGAUGACGAUCAUCCAAACCAUAGCCGGGGUACUCUAUAACCUAAGAAAUGAGUCUAAUAGGUAGGGAGUGUGUCUUACAUUGCUUAUGAAUGUAGGAACACUAAAGAUUAACGGGAGAGACGCAAGAAUCCUUAUUGACACUGGGGCGCAACGAUCAUUCGUGAGUGAGGCGUUUGCCGGGGAAUUCAAAGAACCACUUGUGCCGAUGGCUCAAGCCCUAUUGGUAUCCACACUGAUACACUUGUAAUUUCCGUGUGUAUGUUUACGUUUUUAGCUAGUUUUGGUUGUUUAGUAUUUCGGAAAUUACACACUUUUGGUGUAAUAGUUUAGUUUGUUGAAUUCUUGUAAUUUGUUUAGAUUAGGGUCAUUCUGAGCUCAAACAGGUCUACCAUCACUCAAAG